AACCACACCUUCUGGCUGGAGGUCAGUGCAAACCGUGCAAACCCGAGAUCAGCGCAGCUUGGAAGAACAAGAGGCAGUCAUGGGUUUUCUUCCUGUCUUUUCUUUUGAAACAUGGAUUCUACUAAUUACGCUGAUCUACAUAUUUAUAAUGUAUGGCCAAUGGACUUUUGGAGUAUUUGAGAAGUUGGGGGUCCCAGGUCCCAAGCCUAUAAUGUACAUGGGGACAACCACCAAGCAGAAUCCUGUUUACUACAUAGGGGACUGUGAAAAUGCUCAAAAGUAUGGGAGAAUAUGGGGUGUGUAUGAGUUCAGGAAACCUAUGCUGGUUGUGGCAGAUCCUGACAUGCUGAGAACCAUCUUGGUGAAGGAGUGCUUCACCUAUUUUACCAACCGGAGGAACUUCCGUAUGAACGGGGAUCUCUAUGACUCAAUGAGUCUUGCUGAAGACGAUCAGUGGAGACGGAUUCGUAACAUCCUCACUCCCGCCUUCACCUCUGGCCGUAUAAAAGAGAUGUAUAGGAUCAUGAAACAUCACUCCCACAAGCUGACUGACAGCCUGCAGUCCAAGGCCCAAAAUGUAGAAGUCCUUACUGUAAAAGACAUAUUUGGAGCCUACAGUAUGGAUGUGAUGGCGAGCUGUGCAUUUGGCGUAGACAUGGAUUCAAACACCAACCCUUCAAAUCCUCUCAUCACUCAUGCCUCAAAGCUGUUCAAAUUCCCCAUUUUUCUUUUCUUCCUCCAAGGAUUUUUUCCCUUUCUGCUUCCUCUCUAUGAGCUGCUGGGUGUCUCAAUUUUCCCCAAGUCCUCUACUGAUUUCUUUAAGAAGCUCGUGGAAAAGAUCAGAGCAGAACGCAAUGGCAGCUCAGGGCAGAAGUCAGAAGAUGUCCUUCAGUAUAUGAUCGACAGUCAGGCAACCAGUGAACGGACUAAAGAAAAACAUAAGGAGGGUCUAACUGAUCAUGAGAUCAUUUCCCAAGCGACAAUGUUUAUGUUUGCUGGAUACGAGACAAGUGCCUCCACACUCACUUUCUUAGCCUACAAUCUGGCAAGAAAUCCAGAAGUCAUGAAACAUCUGCAAAAGGAGAUAGACUCUACUUUCCCGAAUAAGGGUCUGGUCCAGUAUGAAGCUCUGAUGCAGAUGGAGUACCUCGACAGUGUGGUCAACGAGAGUCUGAGGGUAUACCCUCCAGUUGCACGUACAGAACGAGUCACUAAAGAAACUGUCAAGAUCAAUGGAAUCACAAUCCCAAAGGACAUGGCUGUGCUGAUUCCCAUCUAUGCUUUGCAUCGUGACCCUGAGCUGUGGCCAGAGCCAGAGGAAUUCAACCCUGACAGAUUCAGUAAAAAGAACAAGCAGAACAUUAACCCAUAUGCUUACCUGCCAUUCGGCACGGGGCCAAGGAACUGCUUGGGGAUGCGAUUUGCUCUGGUGAUGGUUAAACUGGCUUUGGUGGAAGUUUUGCAGAACUACAGCUUCUCAGUCUGUGAAGAGACAGAGAUCCCUUUGCAGAUGAAUCCCGAAGGCCUGACUGCACCCAUUCAACCCAUCAAACUAAAGCUGGUGAUGCGUUGCACCGAACUAGAAAGUGUGGACAACUAGAAGGUGUUCACAGAUGCAUCGAUCAAGGCUAAGAUGAAUUUCUGAAUUUCUUAUAUUAGCAACUGAAAUGCUGCUAAUAAGCUAACUGCUAUACGUUUAUAGUUUUUAUUCGAAACCUGCAAUCUGAUUCCAGUUAAAAUAGAGAGAACAUGGACAGCAUGACUGGACUUCAUGCAAUUGUGUCAAUUGCACCAUGACUACAAGGAUUUUGAAUUCUUCGAAUAUGAAAACAUGAAUCACUAUUAGGUAAUGAUCCAAAUAUGUUAUCUACCAAAUUCUGUGAAAAACUGAAGACACUGAAAGAACAAAGUUUUCCAAAAUGAUCUAAAUACUGAUAAACAUAAGAUGUCCGGAAGACACAUAUAAAUUGUUUUGUAUGAUCAACUUGGUAGUUAAAAUGAUUAUAUGUAUUUACAGUAAACUACAGCACAAUGUACUGCUGAGUGGCACUUUCGAAUUAUAUUGAAACAAAGCAUAUGAUAUCUGUAUGUUUAAGAAAUGAACAAAAAGUAAAUCCGACAGGUAUUUGAAGCUGAAGACCACCCCUUGGGUGAUUGAUUAGAUGCUGAUUUGAAUUAAAAACUGUCUAUAUAAAAGGAAAGUCUCCAGAAGGCAA